AUGGGGGUUGGGGGUUGGGGGGGGAUCAGGGGAGUGGUGAUUGACGGACGAGACGCUCCCACGUCGGGAGUGAUCCAUCUCCCAGACAGCACUGGGGCAGGAAGACUUUACUCUAGGGAUGGUGGGUAAUAAACAACUCCAACAGGGUCGCCUCAGGGCUGACAGAGAUUGGCAGCAGUGUGUGUGUGUUCAACAUUCAGUGUUCAGCAAGAGAAAGGGGGAGGGGAAGAGUGAAUAUUGUGUGUCUGCACUUCUCAGCGCAUGUGAAUGCCUGUGUGUACAUGUGCAUGCAGGAGAUGGGUAAAGGUUGUCAUUAGAGGUGAAAUCUGAUAGACCAAGGAUUGCAAAAAAAAAAAAUUUUCAACACAUCGUCCUCUCUAUGUCACCCAUAGAGUUGCAUUAUAUUAGUGUGUCACCUCUGGCACACACACACACACACACACACACACACACACACACACACAUACAAUACCUUUAUGCUUCCAUAUCCGCAGUCCAAAUACCUUAAGAGUGUCAGAAUACCUCAGUGUAUCCGAACACACACUACCUUACCACUGCCUAAGCGCUAGCAGUACUGCUGUCUUUCAGGUUACUGCUCUCUCUAGUGUUGUUCUGUGCUCUCUGAGUCCAUCCCAAUCUCUCCUGUUCUCUUCUGACUGGAGUGUGUGGCGGUGACAUCACCAUCUCCACUCUCAAGGAACAGGCAGGUGAUUCAACAGGUUGCCUAGGAGAUGCAAUCCUUUGCCUGUCCAUAAUGAUGGGGUAUGGUCGUUGAUGAGUUGGCCUUCUAAGUCAGGUCGUCCUGGCAACCCACUGCUCCCCAGGGCACUGUGGUGAUGGUUGUCCUUGGAAGCAAAUUGUUGUAUUUCUCUGUUCCUCAUCAUGAUUGGACCUUAGAAGAGGAAAUCCACUUAAAUUGCUGUUAAAUGGAUUCUCAUAAUUACAGAAUGUUAAUCUCAUCUCUCCCUCUGUGAGCAAAUUAAUUAGUUUACUCAGUUUGUGUCAAACAUUGUUUAGUGGCUGUUUUUCCUGUAGUUGUUUGCUAUGUUCUGAUCAAGGUUAUUAUAGUUUUGUGUUUUUAUAUUUGUUUUUUCAGACCUGAUUUGGAUUUCCCAUUGAAACCCCCAUUAAAUAUUUGCCCGAAGUUUAGAAGAACAAAACACUAAAACUGAACAUAAUUCAUGAUGGUUUUUGUUUUAUUUUAGUUAGUUUUGGAGUCAAAGAUAAUAGUUUCAGUAUAAUUUUAGUUUUUCAAACGGGUUUGUUAAUUAUUUUAUUUCAGUUUACCAAAUAUUUUUUUCAUGAUUAGUUUUAGUUUACUAUAAUAACCUUGGUUCUGAUUUGUAAUUUCCCUCUUUUUAGUCACGUGCGUGCGCACAUAACUAUACCACUCUGCCACUCUGAGCAGGACCUGAUGGAGUGUGCAAAGUAACAGACACAGAGGUUCAUAUCUUUCCCAUAGCCUUAGUGUUCAUGCAGUGUGUGGACCAUCAUUGUUGUCGUGUUUGAUCUGGGCUCCUGCCCUGUACUGUUGCAUAGACAGGGGUGAUCAGGGAGUCUGUUUACCUACUGUUGCCAUAAUAGUAAGCACAUAAUCUGCAUGUUUGUGGUUACUAUUCAAAUGUCUCUGUUUCUGAGAAGUGCAGACACACACACACACACACACACACACACACACACACACACACACACACACACACACACACACAUCAGCUGGGCCCAGGGGCAGGUGUGUAGAGCAGGUUAGAUAGGUGCAGUUAGACUAAAGCACACCUAACUACAGGUGUGUGUGUGCAGGGAGCUGGCACAGAGAGCUUUCCGGUCUUAUACACACACACACACUGGGAGAAUAUGAGUUACUUUGUUGACCAAGGAAGGUGUGUUGGAUUUCCCUAUUGAAAUGGUUCACUGGAUUCUUGGUAUCUAAGGAAAGGCAGAAUAUUCAACCAGACGGUAGCUUUUUCUUUCUUGUUCUUGUAUUUUCUUGUCUUUAACACUCCUAAAAUAAGCUCAGUCUAUUUAUCAGAUUUAGGUUGUUGUUUCGCUAUCAUUAUUUUCUUGAAAAUGUUCAAUUGAACAGAACAACCUUUGGUCUUCAAGAGUUUUCGGUAUCGUAUAGAGGUGUAGUAUAAUUGGGAGUGUUCUGUUGAGUUUUAAGUGAAUGUUGUGUAGAGUUGUAUAGUUGUAUAGAGUUGUAUGAAGUUGUAUAUGAAGUUGAGUGUUAUGGUGAGUUGGGUAGAAGUAGUUCCUCUCUCGGUGCUGUGUCGUCAAGUUCCUGUUUACUGUUAGGAUGUUGGAUCUGCGGGUCUUAGGUAACCAUGACUAUGGAAUGUUUCCAUAGACCCAGACCCCUAUGGCACCAUCGGCACCAUCGGUCUCAUUACUGUCUGCAUACUAGAGACUGUUUGUUUUUCCCAAGACCUGACCUCUGUCUAGAGUCAAAGAGUUUCUCAGUGGUUUAGCUGAUCGACUUCAGAGUAGAUAGUUGUUGCCUUUAACCACUUGCUUUAAUUUCAUCCCCAUAAUGGUUAGGAUCGGGUGUAGAAAAGCUGAUACCAGAGUCUGUUUUACGAUGUUCAAGACCAAUUAUUUUUGAUGAAUGGCAAAAAUCAGCUUUCCUCUAUAGGAGACUGUAGGAUGCUAUGUACUCUACACUGUAACAGAAAACUGUAAUUUAUACGGUAAUGUUAGGUAUUAUCAACCGUAAAAAAAACUCUGAAAUGUUUUUCAGUAACGUAUCUUUGGAGCGCCAAAAAACAUUUUGACCACUAGUGGGUUCAUGGUAUUGUUGUUUCUGGCUCAUUAACAUAUUUUGAGGCAUGCCUUGUAAGAGGCUAUAUUUGUAGCACCCGUGAGUGGGAAUGCUGUACCAAUUUAACUUCUAUGUGGUUAUAGUGCCCCAUCAAUUUAAAAUGUAUAGGGGACAGAUUGGAGGGGCAGCUAGUCUUAAACCUCAAAUGGUUGAGCAUUUUGCCAUACCGUUUUGGUCUGUUUUGCCCUUUAGUCACUGCCAGUUUGGAAGCCUUUGUUAAGGCCUCUAGAAGUGCAAGUGAUAUUAAACACCAAAUAUUAAUUAAUAUGCUGUAAUGUGUAAACACUUUAACCUGCUUGCACAAUCCCUUAUAAAAUACUGUAAAAUACAAUACCCCUCUCCUCAAUGAAUUUCAUUCAUCCAUUCAUUCAUUCUGAUUAUGGUAGCAUUUGCUUUUUUACAUUAUAAUACAGUAGUGUACUCUGUGUCAUUACACAGUACUUGCUUUGAUACCAUAUGUAUAUUACAGUAGGUGUACAGCUGCCUGUAAAUUACUGUCAAAUUCACGGUAACCCCUUUACAUUUACCCCAUUUCUGUUGCUACGGUAGGGAAGUGAGAACUAGAACUGGCCUCUAUUUUAGGAUUUGCUACUGUACAUCUAUUGACCAAGUAGCUGCACGUAUUAUUGGCUGUGUGUAUUACAGAUACUGUUUAUUUCUGAAGUGAAAAGAUGUCUUUCACAGAUGUAUGUAAACUCUCUCUCUCUCUCCUCUCUCUCUCCUCUGUCUCUCUCUCUCUCUCUCUCUCUCUCUCUCUCUCUCUCUCUCCUCUCUCCUCUCUCUCUCUCUCUCUCUGUCUCUCUCUCUCAAUUCAAUUUCAAUUUAAGGGCUUUAUUGGCAUGGGAAACGUGUGUUAACAUUGCCAAAGCAAGUGCCUCUUCUCUCUCUCUCUCUCUCUCUCUCUCUCUCUCUCUCUCUCCUGCUCUCUCUUCUCUCUCUCUCUCUCUCUCUCUCUCUCUCUCUCUCUCUCUCUCUCUGCCUCCCUUUGUGGUUUGGUAAAAUUGUAUAACAUGGUGGGAAUCCAGCCUGCAGCAGGACCUCAUGGGGGCAGACAGCGUAGCAGGACCUAUUACAGACUCACAGAGCUCUGCCUUCACUGGCUGGAAAACACCAAAUUAGACAUGGAAGCGCUCCUCAGGGGUCUCACUACCAUCUCCAAACUAAUCCUUUGGAGAUGCAUGUGGAGUGAAUAGAUACCGGCCCUAAGCCUGCACGAGAUGGAGCAGUGUGGAUGCUAGUUUACAUAGUGAUUAUCAUAAUCUACUGCUGGGGUUAUCGUUGUCCUCUAAUGGAGAACCACAUCCGAUAACACACAGCCAGUCUAAACAAAGGCUGUGAUUAGGGCACUUGGAACAAAGACAUAGCAGUACUUAGACACACACACACAGGUGCACGCAUAUAGGCACACACACACACACAGGCGUACACACAAACGCACAGGCACAGAGCGUUGGGCCAGUAACCGAAAGGUUGCUGGUUCGAAUCCCAGAGCCAACUAAGUGAAAAAUCUGUCGAUGUGCCCUUGUAAGUCGCUCUGGAUAAGAGCGUCUGCUAAACUGUAAACUAUAUACUGUAAACACACACUUCCCCCUCUUUCAUCGCAAACACAAACAAUACAUUAUGUGACCAUACUAACAUAUUACACAAAACAGCAUUCAUUACAAAGGCCACACUUUAAUUCACUUGACUGGAUUUCAAAGAGCCCCUAUAGGCAUCACAUGAUUGGAAUCACUGACAGACAAUUCCCUGAUGUAACUAGCUAGCUGCUAAAGGCCUCAUUGUCCUACAGUGCAUCUGUUUGUAGUUCUGUUGAGUGGGUUGUGAUGCGCUUAUACAGGGACACACACUCACACACUUUCUCAAAAACACAGCCUGAUAACACAGACAUACAGAGAGAAAGUAAGAGACACACAGGUCAGUAUCACUCCCAGACAGUCUAAAAGGAUUGAGGAUCAGGGUGUAGAAAUGUAUUAGAUAUAGGCAGGCCUAUCAGAGAGCUCUCUGUAGACUCAUUGAGGCGGAAGCCUCUCCUCUCUUUCCCCUGGCCUGGUGUCAGGAUCGAUGCAGGGGCUGUCUGCUCCCUCUCUGGCAAAGUAAUACUGCACUCUUAGAAAAACAAGGUGCUAUCUAAAACCAACAAGGGUUAUUCGGCUGUACCCAUAGGAUAACACUUUGAAGAACCCCUUUUGGUUCCAGGUAGAAUCCUUUUGGUUCAAUUAGAACCCUUUACACAAAGAGUUCUACCUGGAACCCAAAAAGGGUUCUCCUAUGGGGACAGCCGCAGAACCCUUUUUUCUAAGAGUGUGUUCCUUCAGAACAGGUUGCGUUCCUGCAUGUUGUGUGAACGGAAGUAAUGCACUCAGUCAAUCUAAUAUAUUCUCUCUCUCUCUCUCUCUCUCUCUCUCUCUCUCUCUCUCUCUCUCUCUCUCUUCUCUCUCUCUCUCUCUCUCUCUCUCUCUCUCUCUCUCUCUCUCUCUCUCUCUCUCUCUCAGACAUCCCUCCCUCCUCUCUACAGUGCCAGUGUGGAUCGGUGGACUUCCUGUGUUCCCCACGGCUGGCGAAGAAAGACCUGCCCCCUCCCAGACCAUGUCACGGCCGGCCUGCAGUCAAGCCCCGCCCCCAGCUCACAGCCACACCCACCUCUCAAAAACCUCAAGGUACAGUGUUGGUUUAUCACUCAUUUCAGCACUACUACUAGUUGUUCAUAAUAUCAAUAAUGUCAUUACCAUUGACUAACGGUGUUGGUACAAUGUAAAGUCGUGUUAUCAGCCUGACCCCAGUUUCACCUGGUCAGGUCACCCUUCACCCGUUUACAGUAUUUAUCCCACAAACACAUCAGUCAGAUAGACACAUGGACGGCUCUAAAAAAACUCCUUGUUAGUCCUACUAUAGCCUCAUGCUAUCUGCCUGUUGAUACAUCAGUUUAGUUUCCACACGAAACGGCCUGCCAUUCUCUGCUGUGCUGUAGCUGCACACACACACACUCAGAGAGGAAGGAAGCAGAGACACCUCACAGAAAUACCUGCUUCCUCAUUCAGUCCUAAUACAACACCAAGCACACAGCAAAGACUGGCCUGCAUAAAAUAUAUAAAGAAAGCCUACUGUCCUCUAAAUGCAUUCUGCAGUAACCAUGUUUUAAGAACAAGUAUUAUUAUUAUAACAAGUAUUAUUUAUUAUAUAUUAUAUAUAUUAUAACAAGUAUUAUAACAAGUAUUAUUUAUUAUUUAUUAUAACAAGUAGCUAGCCAAACAGUAGCAUUUUAGCCUCUGAUAGCGUGGGCGGCCAUUUGAGGAGUCUAUUUCUGGACUGCUCUCUGCCUGUAAUUUGUGCGACUGCGUGUGCGUGUUUAUUCUUUAUCUGUCUGUGAAACCACAGUGACUUAGACACACUCAUCUCCAUAUCCUGUUCUGAAAUCAGGAAGCUGUCUUAGCUCUGUGAAGCAGCAGCAGAACCGUCUCCUGCGCUGCGUUCGAGAACCUACUCUCAGAGUUUAGCGAUUGUAUUUUGUGUUUUUGUGGUGGUAUUUGGACUGUGGUUUUGUAGUUUGUAGUAGGUAGCAGCAGCAGCCUUCUGGAAUACAGUAAUGGAGGCUUUCUCUCUCGGAACUCACCGGGGCACUUGAAACAGGACUGUUUCCGUGGUUACGCCAGUGACCUGACUUUGUCUCUCUCUUUUUCUCUCCUUCCUUCUUCCUCCCUUCAUCACCCCUCUUCUUGGACCUGGACCUGCAGUGCCCGCUAAACCCCCCCACCUGCUGGCCCUCGGACAGGACAAGAAGCCCAAGAGGAUCCCCCCAGCCCCCUCCAGGCCUCUGCCUGCCCCUCCACCUCCACCCAAACCGCGGCCCAGCCAGACACCCCCUGGCCUGGCCACACAGCCUCAGAGAGAGGCCCAGAGUGUGGGACUGCUCAUCGAGAGGUUCGAGAACUCCAGGUACUGUACUGUCCUGCAGGGGGUAGGGUAUUCCACAAGUUGCUCUCGCCCUGUUGACGCAUCAGAUGAAUGUUUUGUGCAUGUGUUUGUGUGUGUGUGUGUGUGUGUGUAAAAAAACUGGAGGUGUGACAGAUGUUCAUACAUAAUUAUAUUUCGUUGGAUGAUUUAUGAUGUGGUUAUUGUUAUACAGUAUGAGUAGGACUUUGAAUGUUUUGCACGGAAUGUUCUGAUGUUCUUCUGUUGUUACCCAACCUGUGUUUCACACUUCUCUCUGUGGGAAUGUUAGGUUCCGGUGGUGUGUUGUGGUUUCAGCCGAACCAAGGCUGAAACGUGAGAAAGGUUUAAUUUCACAGUUCUUUUGUGAAGUGUUUCUUUUUUAUAUCCCAGGGUUCCAAUUCUUGGUGUCCCUCCGAAGAGUCAGCUUCACCUGUACCUGACUAUGGACGCCACAUCCAAAACCCCAGCCCCUUCUGCCCCUGACCCCACAGCACAUGCCCCUUCAGGGUCAGCAGGAGCAAAGGACUCUGGGGAACCCUCCCCAACCGACAAACUUGCACUUAUCGUCUCGGAGCGGACUGAUGAGGUCACCGAGCUGACAGAACUUUUGUGCCUGGCCUCACUCUGCAUCGACGGCCCCGGCGACUCUACAGAGGACGACCUCAACGUCGUCCACGGUGAUGGAGUUGGUUGCCUUGACAACGCGGAGAGGGAGGAGAGAGACUCUUCCAAUGAGCUCCAUGACAAUCCGGACUCACACUCCUCGGAGCAGAACGGAAAGAUUCCCAACCGGGACAGUGGGAUCGACAGCCCAUCGUGCGCAGCGGAGGGCGAGGUGUUCCCCAACGAGGACGCCAUCGACGAGGAGGAGCGCUACGACAGCGUCACGGAGACAGAGACUAGCGUGUCCUGCUGCGUAACCCUGGGCAACAAGCGUGACUCCACGCAGGACGAGGACAGUGACCUGGAUGAGGUCAGCAGUGGAGAGACGGAGGGAGGGGAGAAGGCAGACACACACACAGAGGUACACAGGGUGAGUCACACACACACACACACACAUUCUUAUCAAUCUCCUUAGUCCGUAGUUCAGUAACCGUAGUCUGUCUGUCUAUUCUUAUCUGUGUCAGUUUCAUGCUGUCUAGACUUAGGUGUUUUUUAUACACAAACAAACAGACACACUAUUUCAGACGCACUAGUGUGUGUGUGGUGGUCACAAGCGUCUGUUGCCGUAUCUAAUAAUGGAUCUGCUGUGGGGUGUGGAGGAAAGGCGUACCUGCCCAGGGCUGUAACAGGAGCUGGUGACUGCAGCUAGAGGACAGACAGAAACAGACAGAAAAAUGCACUCAGCUCAGCUACUGUUUCCACCAUUGAUCUGUGUAAGUGUGAUACCAACACAUCAAACAGAGAAGUUCACAUCAUACCGGUAUUCAUUUAACCCCCUGCCAGAAAAAGACUGUCUAUUUACUGAACUAAAAUGAUAGGGGGAAGGUCAAGAAACAUCAGACAAAAAUAGAGAGAGGGAGAAAAGGAGGUCGAGAAAAAAUAGAGAGCCAGAAUAGUGAGAGAGUGUGAUGAAAAGGAGUGUGUGAAAGAGAAAGAGACGGGUGUGUGAGUAGGAGCUGAAACUGGUUAGAGUUGUUGUAUGUUGGCACAGUACAGUCAUCAUGGGUGUCAGCAGAACUGUUUUUAUCCCCUCAGCAUUGUUAUAAUGGGGCACAGCCCAACACUCCCGGUACCUAGGCACCACACCAAACACACAUGAGCACACACUGACACACACACGCCCUGUAUUGGCAGCCCACACCCUUUGCCUAAUGGGCAAAGGGAUCUCUGGUAUCCUAUGUUUCCUGAUGUCAGCAUUACUGCCCAGAGGAAAGUUGUGUUGAGGGAACAGUACUACUUAUUUACAUAAAUGUAAAUGUACUACUUCUCUGACACUAAUAGCUGACAUGUUGACAACUUUUUAAUGUCACAGAGGAUGUGGGUUUUGGGGAUGCACAUUGCAACAGGAAAAGAAAUACAUGUAUUUCUCUUCUUUCAGUGUUUAGCAUUGUCUGCUACAGAAAUAGAUUAGAUAUAUAGAUAUAUUGUUUGUGUUUGUAUGUGUUUGUGAGUGAGUGUGAGUGUGUUCAUGUGUGUGUCAUGCUUACAGUAUGUGCAUGUGUGCUUGUUUGUGGACAUAUCUCUACUGUACACUCUUAGAAAAAAGGUUCCAAAAGGGUUAUUCGGCUGUCCCCAUAGGAGAACACUUUUUGGUUCCAGGUAGAACCGUUUUUGGUUCUAGGUGUAACCCUUUUGGGUUCCAUGUAGAACCCUCUGCGGAAAGGGUUCUACAUGGAACCCAAAAGGGUUCCACCUGAAACCAAAAGGACUCAAACUUUUUCACUUGUAUUGCUUCCUUUUUGCUGUCAAUUGUUUUGUUUUGUAUUGUUUUGUUGUUUACUAAUGUUGUGUGGCUUUUCUGCCACCAGGUGACAUGUUUAGUUUUGUCUUCUGCUUAAAAAAUGAAAUACUUGAAAGAGAAAACGGUUCUACCUGGAACCGAAAAGGGUUCUUCAAAGGGUUCCCCUAUGGGGACAGACGAAGAACCCUUUUAGGUUCUAGAUAGCACCUUUUUUUCUAAGAGUGUAUGUUUCACAAUUUCCUCAAAUGUCUUGGUUUAGUGCGUGCAUGUCUGUGUGUACCAGACGGCUGUUGCAAAACACAAUGUCACAAUGUAGUACACUGAGGACUGGUCUCAGUCACGUCACAGGAAUGUCAUUUCAUCCAUUAAGUUAAUCCCUGUUCCCGAAGUAGUCCAACUGAAUACACAUCCGCAACACCUUACAUGUUAUCUCAGCUCCACUAGUAAAGACAGUAUUGGUGACUAACUCAGCUCUCAGUAAAGCAGCACUGACUGCCGACUGUUGCAACAUGCACUGACACAUUAUGAGGUUGGCCCAGUUUCCCUCAACAACCGAGAUGAAAAGAGCGCCAGCGGACAACCCCAUUUCAGACCACUUUUAUCUUUGUAUGUAAUCACUGGUUAGAGUUUGGUUGCUUUCACCAACAGGCCCUAAUGUUGCUGAUAUUCUCUCUCAAAGGUCAUAGGCCCGGAGGCAAAUGUUUAGUUAUGUAAGUUCUAAUGAGUUGAUUUGUUAUAUGGGUAUUCUUGAUGGUUUUGUACGUUGGUGUAUUCUUGGGAUGUUCUCGAUAUGUGGUGUUGAGUGUUUUAUUGGGAUUUAUGGAUGUUUGACGUUUGUGUAGUUGAGUGUAUUCUAUAUGGGAUGGUUCUGACUGUUUGUGUAGUUGAGUGUAUUCUAUAUGGGAUGGUUCUGACUGUUUGUGUAGUUGAGUGUAUUCAUAUGGAUUAAUUUACUGAUUUGCGACGUCUGUAUCCAGACUAUAUGGUGACUUUUUUUUUAUAGUGUACUGCCCCUGGGAGGUCAAUCACCUGGUCGUUGAAGGCAUUCUCUAUACGAGUACAUCCCUGCCGGCCUGUUUGAGUCGUUCUCCAUAUGGGGCGCGCUGGCAUGUUUGUCGUCCCCCUAUUCCCUCAGUGCGAGCCCGAAGGUACUGAUUCGCCACGAGGAGUCUCUUGCACUUACACUGCAGGAGGCCUUAGUCCAGGACCACCUAGGUACAUGUUUGUAUCAACUUUCUACACACGUGGGGUUGUGUUAUCUUGAAAUAACUAUUCAAUGGGACGUUCGCGUUUGUGAGUUGAGUGUUUAGGGAUUCGACUUUGUCGAUCGGAUAUGUCUAAGGUGGUCUGACUGUUUGCUUUGCAAAAUGUUCUAUUCAUGCGCUCUGACUGUUGUGUAGUGAGCUUUCAAGGUGUCUGAUGUGGUAUGAAGGUCUAAGGGAUGUUUGACUUUGUGUCCUCACUACUCACCCAGUAUGGAAACCCAGAUCAAACAGAAUUGUCCUUAAGAAGCCUCCUCCGGGUUAGGCCAUAUAGUCUAGAGACUGCGGAAAACCUCCUGUGAGGUUGACAACACACACACUGGGUUGACUAAAAACAACCAUCAUGCAAGACAUAGCGCUAUCUCGAGCUCCUUGCUCUUCGCACAUGACUCUGGCCCUCAAGUGGGACCUCUGUCACCUUCCCACAGACUCUACCGGUCGCUAGCUCUUGAGCAGCGCAAAUGUGGACACUGAAGGCUGAGGAGUAGGUUUCACAUAUCUCCAUGUGCUACACAUACACACCCAGUUAUGGAAACACACAUACACACAUACAGUUUGUCCUUAAUGAAGGCCUACUCCUCCCGGGUUGGGCCAUAUUCAUAGUGUUUUACAUCUGGUGUGAGAUAUACAUAUUUGUUGUUGAGGGUGACAAUCACAGACAUGACUACAGACAAAAGGAGAUGUACUGGCACAGACAGUAGGCUAAUCUCAGAGCUGCUUCCUGUUUUUGUCAAGCCUCUGCUCCCUCACAGUGGUACCGUUUGCCAUGGAAACCCAACUGUGGUUGGGUGACUGACAAGGACGUGAAAGGUCAUGGACCUGGUGAUGACGGACAGAUGUAAACAUCAUAAACAUCCCCCUAUAAAACAAUAUUAUUUGAUCAAAGAGCCCAUGGUUUGUUAUAUAAUUUAUAGUAAUGUGGUUAGUAAUAUUACUGUGUGUUUAAUAUGAUUUCUACCAUUAUUCUCCUGUUGUCUGUAGGUAUUUUGCACUAAGCUGACAGAAGCUGGAAUCCCUCAAGACGUGAUAACGGGGAUCUUCUCCAACAUAUCCUCCAUCUACUGCUUUCACCACAAGUUCCUGCUCCCUGAGCUCAAGACACGCAUCACUGGAGAAUGGUGAGGAGACCAGGGACAAUGUCAUAAUAGGGAUUCAGUAACGUUAUAUAGUUCUAUUAGCAGUGGUAAGAUCAAGACUCUUUGGGCAGUAAGAUGCUCAAUCUUCUACAAACAACACCUACGUGAUAUUGGGUUUCUGCUUAGAUCCUUCUCUCUCUCUCUCGCUCUUCUCUCUCAUUACUGAAUAGUGAUAAUUCUGCGGUGGUCAGUUGUGUUUUGGCUGCAGAACUCUGACAGCUGGGUUGCAGUGGGAGGGGGGGGGGUUGUUGCUGGGCAGUGGGUUGUGUUGGGGGCGGAGGUUUGGUGUGUGUGUGAGCCAGCCUGGUAGAAUGGGGGCAUUAUCUGCCUGUCUUCAUCUGCUGGGAGGAAAUGUACCAAAAGUGUGUGUGUGCCAACGCUAGUCUUUCUCUGUCUAGAGAUUAUUGAGUCUCAUACAAAUUAUGUAGAGCGAUUCCACCUGUCACAUUCUGCGCACAUUAUAGAGUAAAUGUACUGUAGGUUACUAUUUCUGUGAAUUCCAUAUUGUAAUUUUACAUUGAAUGGAAUGUGUACUACAAGUAUACUCUUAAGUUCAGAGUACAGUACCAUGAACCUUUUUUUAGCACAUUGACUGAGUUUUAAGCCAUGUGGGCGGGUGUGUGGUCUGUGUGUUAGGGACUCAAACCCACGUAUUGGAGACAUCCUCCAGAAGCUGGCUCCGUUUAUGAAGAUGUACGGAGAGUACGUGAAGAACUUUGACCGUGCUAUGGACCUGGUCAACACCUGGAGCCAGCGGUCAUCACAGUUCAAGAGUGUGGUCCAGAACAUACAAGUAAGUGGCAUCUCUCCCACAGAAUCAGUGUUUAUUUAUGGUAACGUAUGCUGUUGUUAUCUGUGCAUUACAGUGUAGUGUACCUGCAGUAUGUAGUAGGCCUGUUUUACUGUACUGUAUGUGUAAGUGUUUUGCUGUGUUUGCUAUCCCUACAGAAGCAGGAUGUGUGUGGGAACCUGACUCUCCAGCACCACAUGCUGGAGCCUGUGCAGAGGAUUCCUCGCUAUGAACUCCUGCUCAAGGACUAUCUAAAGAAACUGCCUGACGAUGCACUGGACAGGAAGGACACAGAGAGUAUGUCUGUCUGCCUGUCCGUCCGUCUGUUUGUCUGUGCCUACACACGGCUCACCCACUCAUUACCUGUCUGUCUGUCUGUCUGUCUAUCUGUCUGUUUGUCUGUGCCUACACACGGCUCACCCACUCAUUACCUGUCUGUCUGUCUGUCUGUCUGUCUGUCUGUCUGUCUGUCUGUCUGUCUGUUUGUCUGUGCCUACACACGGCUCACCACUCAUUACCUGUCUGUCUGUCUGUCUGUCUGUCUGUCUGUCUGUUUGUCUGUGCCUACACACGGCUCACCACUCAUUACCUGUCUGUCUGUCUGUCUGUCUGUCUGUCUGUCUGUCUGUCUGUCUGUCUGUCUGUCUGUCUGUCUGUCUGUCUGUCUGUCCCUCACUAGGAACCAUACUAGCCACUCUACAAGCUCCAUGUCUUGUGACCUUACCAUAACCUUGUACUGUACAUUGUCCCUGUUUGAAGUAAUGUCUAGGUAAAGCCUACAUAAUCUACCGUGGUGUCAGUAGUCGGUUUAGUAGAGGCCCAGGACUCUCCUAGGACUGGUCAUGUAGAGGGGAACGUCAGCUCUGUUUAUGUAGUUAAUGACUUUAAUGCAGUGUGUGUUUAAUGUAGAAUGUGUGUCUCUGAUGUUGGGUAAUGUACAUGCUAUGAGAGGCCUAACACUGUCUCCCUGUCUGUGUAACACAAACAUUGUAUAUGUUUGAUGUAUGGUCAUUUACAGUAGGCCUAUAGUAUGAUGGUGUACAGGCUGGCUGCAGUGAAAGGCUAGACACUGACCUAUUUGUCACAGUAUUCAAUGCAAUUACUACGAGUCGUAUAGACAAUGAGUGUACAAAACAUUAGUAACGCCUGCUCUUUCCAUGACCAGGUGAAUCUAGGUGAAAGCAAUGAUCCCUUAUUGAUGUCACUUGUUAUUCAGAAGGUGAAUGGGCAAGACAAAAUAUGUAAGUGCCUUUGAACGGUGUAUGGUAGUAGGUGCCAGGCUCACCGGUUUGAGUGUGUCAAGAACUGCAACGCUGCUGGGUUUUUCACUCUCAACAGUUUUCCGUGUGUAUCAAGAAUGGUCCACCACCCAAAGGACAUCCAGCCAACUUGAUACAACUGUGGGAAGCUUUGGAGUCAACAUGAGCCAGCAUCCCUGUGGAACGCUUUCGACACCUUGUAGAAUCCCUGCCCUGAUGAAUUGAGGCUGUUCUGAGGGCAAAAGGGGGUGCAUCUCAAUAUUCCUAAUGUUUUGUGCACUCAGUGUAUAAACAGUGAGUGUUUCAAAUGUGUAGGGCUGAUGCAUGGUUAUGUAGAGUUGCUGCAGUAACACUAACACUGUCUGUGUGUGUUUUAUAGAGGCCCUGAAACUCAUAUCCACAGCAGCCAACCACUCCAAUGCUGCCAUCAGGAAAAUGGUAAGAUUAUGUUUUUUUCUGCUUGGAGCCCUCUCUGUUCCCUCCACCUGUGAAUCUCUUUGACAUACUUUUCCUACUUUUUAUGGUUUUCAUGGUGGGGAUGUUGUAGUUCCCGACAGUGUAUGAGGGAGGGAGAGGGAGGGAGUUUUGAUUGAUUCAUUGAUUUUAUUUAUUUGACAAUUUAAAAAAACAAUGCAACAACAAACGUGGAUACAACGCAUUGAAACAUUUGUUGAUGAAUAUUUUUUUCCAUUGUGGUCCUCUUAAAACAUCAAACAUGUUACACAUUCACAGCUAAAAACUGAAUUGUAGUAAACAUCACAUGUCCAAAAUAAUGAAACGACUGUGCAAAGAACAAAAUACAAUACAUUUGAAUAGUCCUCCAGAUGGCAGUGGUUGCUCUCCUUGGGAAUAGCUUGCAGAACUAGCCAGCCAGCGUCCUUCACUGUCCAAACUGCGUUGGUUGCGACAACGUACAGGGAGGGAGGGAGGCAGGGUGCUUUAGUGCAGACAGGAAGCUGCCGUUUCCUGCCACUAGUUUCACAGCCUGCGGAAGACUGACGGCUGUCUCUGACACACACACAGUCACACUUCUGCCCUCUGGUGUGUGACUUAUCAUGUCUUAUUUUGUCUCAACAGUUUUAGUUCAAUAGCUCCUCCAAUAGCUUCCCCUGACUUAUAUACAUGUAUAAUUUUAUCAUGUUCCAUCUGCUCUGUAUGUGUGUGUUUCACAUGGUUCCUUAUCCUUGGUGUUCCUCAGGAGAAGAUGAACAAACUGCUGCAGGUCUAUGAGAGACUUGGGGGAGAGGAGGACAUUGUGAACCCAGCCAACGAGCUCAUCAAAGAAGGACACAUCAAGAAGAUGUCUGCCAAGAAUGGGACGGCCCAGGACCGAUACCUCUACCUGGUGAGUGGCAGGAGGAGUUGGAAUGGAGAGAAUGUGUAGGAAUGGGAUGACUAUAUCAAAGUGUGUAUGUGUGUGUGUGUGUCUGUUUACUGUGUAUACUCAUCCGUUUUCCCCUCUCUCUGUGUGUCCGUGCUGCAGUUCAACAACAUGGUGCUGUACUGCGUUCCCAAGCUGAGGCUGAUGGCGCAGAAGUUCAGUGUGAGAGAGAGGAUUGACAUCGCUGGGAUGGAGGUCAGGAAGGAGGUAACAGAAGGCACUCAUCUUCUCUUCUCUUGUUACUUAUUUUGUUCCAUUCUGAAUGGGUGACGCAUAGAAGGGACAUUCUUCUUUAGUGCCUCAGAGGUAAAAGUGGCACUGUUCUCCUCUGCGGCUUCAGGUGCAGGAGAACGUGAAGCAGAACCUCCCCCACACGUUCGCAAUCAUCGGCAAGCAGCGCUCACUAGAGCUACAGGCCAGGUAAGAACUAUGGAGCGAUUACAUGGGAGAACUGUAGAACUGUGCCUUUGGUAACGGAAACACAACAUUUCAGGCACAUGCUAGAACACAUAGAUGUAUUGAUAGCUAUAGGGCUGUUGUUGAAACAUUCCCUCUGUUUUUCAGGACGGCUGAGGAAAAGGAAGACUGGAUACAGGUCAGGAAUACCAGAAUAUUUUUUUAUUCAUCCACUCCGACUCUGUGAAACAUAACACUAACAUGGAAUGGGUUUUAUAGGGGAUUUGUGCCUCCACAGUUACACUGUAUUAGGAACAGUAUUUGUAUUAGGGAGGCUUUCCUCCACACUGCCAUACUCAUUAAGCUGCUCAUUAAAGCUCAUUUAGCCCAUUAAAGCUGACUAAAGCUGAUUUAAAAGGGCUCAUAGGCUGGAGGGGAGGGGUGUGUGCCAGGCAGUGGGUCUGGGAGUGUUUGGAAAGGAGUGGAAGAGCCCUUCAGCAAUCUGAAGGACACAGAGGAAUGUGUAGUCUUUAUACUUUGGAGAGGGGGGCACAAAGAUUGUGCAUACACAGAGUCUAUUAUUCACACGUGAAUACAGUGCCCACUACACACGCACACACACACAAACACAAACACACACACACACAUACACUCUGUUAGUGCAGUAGAGAGGCCAGUCUCUGACACAGACCACUGGGCUGGAUCAGAGGUCCGUGAUACAUUUGGCCCUCUGAUGUCAUGGCUGAUGUCAUCUCUGUAUAACAGGGUCAGUCCAGACGACAGCACAGUCUCUCUCUUUGUCUAAUCUAUGUUAACAGGCCAGUGGUAGUCUCUCUCUCUCUCAUGAGAAAGAAGUAGAGAGAGAGAGAAGCAUGAGGGGGAGAGAGAGAAAGUAAGAGGAGAGAGAGCGAGAGGCGAGUAGCGAGAGAGAGAGAGAGAGAGCGCGAAAGAGAGGAGAGAGAGCAGCGGGGAGAGAGUCGUCGAUCCGAUUCAUCUAGCUAUAUCGACUGCGCGCUCUCUCGUAGUAUAUUCUAGAGUCUCUCUCUCUUCUCUCUCUUUCCUCUCUCUCUCUCUCUUCUCUCUCUCUCUCUCUCAAAUGAAAUUGUAUUUGUCACAUGUGCCGAAUACAACAGGUGUAGACCUUACAGUGAAAUGCUUAGUUACAAGCCCUUAACCAACAAUGCAGUUUUAAGAAAAAUAAGUGUUAAGUAAAAAAUAGAUAAGUAAAAAAAAAUACAAAAUACAAAGAAAUAACAAAUAAUUAAAGAGCAUCAGUAAAAUAACAGUAGGGAGGCUAUAUACAGGGGUACCGGUACAGAGUCAAUGUGCGGGGGCACAGGUUAGUCGAGGUAAUUUAUGAAAUAUUUACAUGUAGGUAGAGUUAAAGUGAUAAUAAACAGAGAGUGGCAGCAGCGUAAAAGAGGGGGUGGGGGGACAAUGCAAAUUGUCCGGGUAGCCAUUUGAUUAGCUGUUCAGGAGUCUUAUGGCUUGGGGGUAGAAGCUGUUAAGAAGCCUUUUGGACCUAGACUUGGUGCUCCGGUACCGCUUGCUGUGUGGUAGCAGAGAGAACAGUCUAUUACAUAGGGUGGCUGGAGUCUUUGACCAUUUUUAGGGCCUUCCUCUGACACCGCCUGGUAUAGAGGUCCUGGAUGGCAGGAAGCUUGGCCCCAGUGAUGUACUGGGUCGGAUGCACUACCCUCUGGAGCACCUUGCGGUUGGAGGCCGAGCAGUUGCCAUACCAGGCAGUAAUGCAACCAGUCAGGAUGCUCUCGAUGGUGCAGCUGUAUAACUUUUUUGAGGAUCUGAGGACCCAUACCAAAUAUUUUCAGUCUCCUGAGGGGGAAUAGGCUUUGUCGUGCCCUCUUCACGACUGUCUUGGUGUGUUUGGACCGUGAUAGUUUGUUGGUGAUGUGGACACCAAGAAACUUGAAGCUCUCAACGUGCUCCACUACAGACCCGUCAAUGAGAAUGGGGGCGUGCUCGGUCCUCCUUUUCCUGUAGUCCACAAUCAGCUUUGUACGCGUCUCUGUGUGUGGAGUAAAGGUGGUCUAGAGUUUUUUCCUCUGGUUGCACAUUUAACAUGCUGGUAGAAAUUAGGUAAAACAGAUUUAAGUUUCCCUGCAUUAAAGUCCCCGGCCACUAGGAGAGCCGCCUCUGGAUGAGCGUUUUCCUGUUUGCUUAUGGUCUUAUACAGCUCAUUGAGUGCAGUCUUAGUGCCAGCAUCAGUUUGUAGUGGUAAAUAAACAGCUACGAAAAACAUAUAUGAAAACUCUCUUGGUAAAUAGUUUGGUCUACAGCUAUCAUGAGAUACUCUACCUCAGGCGAGCAAAACCUAGAGACUUCCUUAAUAUUAGAUUUUGUGCACCAGCUGUUGUUUACAAAUAUACACAGACCGCCACCCCUUGUCUUACCGGAGGCAGCUGUUCUAUCUUGCUGAUGCAGCGUAAACCCCGCCAGCUGUAUGUUAUCCAUGUCGUCGUUCAGCCACGACUCUGUGAAACAUAAGAUAUUACAGUUUUUAAUGUCCCGUUGGUAGGAUAUUCGUGAUCGUAGCUCGUCUAUUUUGUUAUCCAAUGAUUUUACGUUGGCUAAUAGGACUGAUGGUAGAGGCAGAUUACCCACUCGCCGUUGGAUCCUUACAAGGCACCCCGACCUACGUCCCCGAUAUCUCCGUCUCUUUCUCCUGCGAAUGACGGGGAUUUGGGCCUUGUCGGGUGUCUGAAGUAAAUCCUUUGCGUCCGACUCGCUAAAAUUUUUUUAUUCAUCCAGUACGAGGUGAGUAAUCGCUGUCCUGAUAUCCAGAAGCUCUUUUUGGUCAUAAGAGACGGUGGCAGAAACAUUAUGUACAAAAUAAGUUACAAAUAACGCGAAAAAACACAAACAAUAGCACAAUUGGUUAGGAGCCCGUAAAACAGCAGCCAUCUCAUCUCUCUCUCUCUCUCUCUCUCUCUCUCUCUCUCUCUCUCUCUCUCUUUCUCUCUCUCUCCGAAGGGGCUGUAGGUUGUCAUAGAAUUUCUACCAUUAUAACAUCAGUGACUUCACUGCCUCUUCACCUUUAUUGUAAACCAGUGAAGAAUAUUUUAACUGUCUGAAACUGCGGGCCUCUGUUAAUGGCUUAUCUCCUUCUCUCCCCUCCAUCUUCUCCUGUCUCCCUCUUCCCCAUCCCUUCCACUCCCAGGUCAUCCUGGCCACCAUAGAGAAGCACAAGCAGAACAGUGAGACCUUUAACAAAGCCUUCAAUAGCUCCUUCUCCAGGGACGAAGACCACCUGCCAGACUCACCGGUCAGUCAGUCUGUCUGUCUGUCUGUCUGUCUUUCUUUCUUUGUUUCUUUGUUUCUUUGUUUCUCUCUGUCAAGCCAUGCGUCAACCUGCACUAUGCGUGUAUAUAUCAAUAUGAAGGCACUAUGGCUUGGUCAGAAAGUGUGUCACACUCAGGCCUUUGUCUGACAAAGCAGCUAUCCUCACACACGCGCACACACACACACACACACACACAGCAUGCACACACACACACAGCCGUGUGUGUCAUGUGCCUCUCGCUGCAGACACACAAAGAAGCUCUUACUUAACUCACACAUACACACACAAACACACACACACGCGUACUUAUAAAGGAGCUCUUUCUUCUCAGUGUCUGACAGUCGCACACACUCACAAACGCACACACACUCUGUCAUGGUCUGUCUUUAGUUCCCUCGGCACUCUCUCAUAACCUAAUAGGGGAAGCCCCCAUGCACACUGUACACAAAUCUCUUCUGAAUCUCCAAUGACCCACUUUGGGCUGGCUGGACCUGGACACAGGCCAACGUAGGAACACACGCCAGACCUAUUGUCUGUCUCUGAGGCCUGGCUGCCAUCUAGUGGGGACAAACACACACAGCAGCUUUAGGUAAUAUUCAGAGGCUGUUGUUCCCAUUCUCUGGCACUGUGUGAGAGUGCUUUGUCAGUGAUAUGUUGACACCUGAAGUUAAGUGCUAGCCGUGUAAUAACAAUGGAUGUACUUUCAAUGUAACUCAUACAUCUCUCCCAGGGUUAAAUAUGUCACUCUGAUCGUGUAUUCAUGUUCUUCUCUUCUCAGGGUCCCUGGAGCAACACAUCCAUAGACUCAGACAGUGAAAGACUGCAAGAAAGGGUAGGUGUCAAACGUCCUUAUACAAUACAUUUCCUCAGGCUCUAUAGCCUGCUGUUGUGUUACUGACUAUGCUUUUGAUUGGAAGAUAAUGUAUAUUUAUUUGCUACAGUGUCAAUGGCAUUGCACCACAUUAAAAUAGAAACCAUACAAUGGGCAAUAGAAUGUGAGUUCAGUGUACCAUGAAUGACUGAGUUCAUAACAAGAAGUACAUUGAUCUCUCCUAUUCUAAAGCCUGGAUGUCUUGUCUUUGUUUGAGGUAACAAGACUGUGUGGAUCUAUAAUCCACACAGUAGGCUGCAGAGAGGUAUAUAUAGCAAGUUGUCUUCUCUAUGGGGAUAGCAUCACUAGCUCACUCUCUAGUAGCGGUGAGGGGUGUCUGUGGAGAGAUGAGACACGAUCAGGGGGUGAAUUUCACACUCCCUCCCACAAUACGAAUGUGCUAAACGGCUGGUGGUGCUACCGAUGCCCCAGUCUGAGAGAGCAACAGGAGGGCUUCGAUUUUCAUUUUCCGGUUAUAGAGGAAGAUGUUGGGAGUGGGAGAGAAAGAAUAGGGGAGAUAACAGAGAGAGUGGGCAAAUGGCGAGAUAGAGAGAGAAAGGGCCCUCAUAGGCCCCUUCACCCAACUAUUUCAGGGUUACUUAGGUAACACAAAGAUGUAUUGAGACGAGAUGACCUUGUGAUUGGACAGAUCUUGAUACAUUGUUUGUAUGUGUUUCUCUGUUUUCCAGAAAAGUUCAAAGAAGAAGGAGAAGGAGAAGCAGACAUGUAAAGGCUGCAACGAGAGCUUCAACUUCACCAAGCGCAAGCACCACUGCAAAUCCUGUGGAGCGGUGAGCACAGAGAGGGAGAGGAGGGCGGGAGGAGGGUGGGGGCGGGAACAGUUAGUGCCAGUAUGCUGCAUUUUCACCAGUGGAUGUCCUGUAUAAUUGAUUUUCAGUUGUCUAAAUAUCUCUUUCUCUCCCUCCAUUCCUCCCUCUCUUCCUCUUUUGCUCUUUCCCUCCCUCUGCAGGCCAUCUGUGGUAAAUGCUCUAAGAUGUUGGAGAACAAGACGUGUCGCGUGUGUCCGGAGUGCUUCGAGAUGAGCCAGGGCCCUGAGGGGACUGCAGGGGCCCCAGUAGAGCUGAAGAGGAAAGCCGAGGUGAGGACCGACUCUCAGCUUAUACUAUAGAAAAGAGUAGAAUAUAACUUCAUUUAAACAAAUGUUCCAUCCAGAGACUUGCUUUUGGCUACCCCUCACAAAUAUCAUAAGACAAUCAUACAUCAUACUUAUUGUAUAUGGCACAGUGUUGUUGAGAAGCUAGCAUGGACAGGCUGCCAAGAGCGGACUCCCAGCAGAGCAGGUCUGAAGAAGGGGGUUGGAGUAUGGAGGUUGGCAGCGGGCACACUGUCUCAGUUCCAGCCUCUGGAGAGUGGCAUAAUUACCUUAGUCGCCCCAGUAUGACAGAGAAGACAGAGCUCAGCCCAGACAGCCCCACAGAGCAUCGUGCACCUCUAUCAAUCACACACACACACACACACUAGAGAGAUAGAACAGUGGCACACACAGUCUAUAGUCUGCACGGCUCAAUAAGAUCCAUCUCUGUGUGUGUACCAGGAGUCACCGUGAACUAGUGUUCAACAGACUGCCUUGUAGAGCACAGCACAUAACAGAGACUGGAUGAAGCAGAUCGUUGUGUCUUAAAGCCUGUAGGCAACACUGAAUAAUAUCUUUCUAAUGGAAUAUCAUUGUUUUAUUGCAGUAUCAUUAUCCAUGUCUAUCAAACUCACAAUGCUGCUGUAAGAGAAACUACUAAGAAACGAUCUCCCUCUCUCAUGACUAGUUAAGGGGCUUAGUGGAAAGCAGCAGACUCUGCUGAGUGAGCAGUCUCUCUGCUCCACUUCAUGUGUAUGACGCAACAGCUGAGCAGUCUAAUCUGGUUCAAUUGAGCCGGUCUGGCUGUCUGUCUUGGGGUCAUACUGUCUCACACACAAACACACACACACACACACUAUAUCUAUCGCAGUAGCAGUACCGUAAUGGCAGUGAUCUGCAGUGGUAUUAUUUCUGACCAAGGGGGCUACAGCACCACAUCAGUAACAGCGGGGCAGCAGCAUGAACACUGGUCCAUGUCCAAAUCUCUCUAUAAAUCUGUCCAACAUGCUGGACACUAGGUUUGUUAUGUAAGAGAAUGUACCAGACCUUUAUCCUUGAGUGCCCCUUAAACGUCCAGGCUGAUUAUCACUUUGAAUUGAUAGUGAAAGUGAAUUCCAAACAUUGGUUUGUGCAUGGGGAAAGAGCUACUGUAUUUGUGUUGAACUGUGGAAUAUUAUUUGAGUAUUGGCACCCACUGCAGUAGAUCAACUUUGGGAUUGUGCCUUUAACUCUGCCUCCUGUGUGUGUUUCUGUCUCUCCAGAAGCAGGUGUCUCUGUCGGGGGACAACUGUCUGUUGUGUGGCCAGCUGCAGGUGCAGGAGAAGGGCAAGACCUGGAACAAGACCUGGGUGGCUGUCACCAAGACUGAUCCUCUAGUGCUCUACCUGCAGACCAGCGGACAGGUAAGGGUUAACCUCACACACACCCAUGUCUGUCUAUAUCUGUGUCUAUGUACCAGUCUGUCUGUCUGUUUAUUUGUGUCUUUGUACCACUGUCUUGUCUACAUCCUGUCUCAAUGCCCAGGCCACCUGUAUAUGUAGGUAGAGGUUUCCCCUAACAACUGACACAGGGUCAGUUAUUUUUCAUCCUAUCAAUGAUAUUCUGUGUGUCAGUGUGCUUUACACCUCCUGUACUGUACAGUCUGUGUCCUUGUCAUGUGUGUUCCCACUGUCUGUACUCAGUAGAUUUGGGUCAGCAGGAUUUGUCUGUCCUCACUCCGAUCUCAGAUGGGGCUGCUGCAGCUCACACUGUUACUACCAUGGUGUUUAUACUAGAUUAUUACUACACUGUUACUACCAUGGUGUUAUUACUAGAUUAUUACUACACUGUUAUUACCAUGGUGUUUAUACUAGAUUAUUACUACACUGUUACUACCAUGGUGUUAUUACUAGAUUAUUACUACACUGUUACUACCAUGGUGUUAUUACUAGAUUAUUACUACACUGCUAUUACCAUGGUGUUAUUACUAGAUUAUUACUACACUGCUAUUACCAUGGUGUUAUUACGAGAUUAUUACUACACUGCUAUUACCAUGGUGUUAUUACUAGAUUAUUACUACACUGCUAUUACCAUGGUGUUAUUACGAGAUUAUUACUACACUGUUAUUACCAUGGUGUUAUUACUAGAUUAUUACUACACUGUUAUUACCAUGGUGUUAUUACUAGAUUAUUACUACACUGUUAUUACCAUGGUGUUAUUACUAGAUUAUUACUACACUGUUACUGCCAUGGUGUUUAUACUAGAUUAUUACUACACUGUUAUUACCAUGGUGUUAUUACUAGAUUAUUACUACACUGUUAUUACUAGAUUAUUACUACACUGUUAUUACCAUGGUGUUAUUACUAGAUUAUUACUACACUGCUAUUACCAUGGUGUUAUUACGAGAUUAUUACUACACUGUUAUUACCAUGGUGUUAUUACUAGAUUAUUACACAUGUUAUUACCAUGGUGUUAUUACUAAUUAUUACUACAUUAUUACCAUGGGUGUUAUUACGAGAUUAUUACUACACUGUUAUUACCAUGGUGUUAUUACUAGAUUAUUACUACACAGUAAUUACCGUGGUGCUAUUACUCUAUUAUUACACAGUAAUUACCGUGGUGUUAUUACUCUACUAUUACACAGUAAUUACCAUGGUGGUAUUACUCUAUUAUUACACAGUAAUUACCGUGGUGUUAUUACUCUACUAUUACACAGUAAUUACCGUGGUGUUAUUACUCUACUAUUACACAGUAAUUACCAUGGUGGUAUUACUCUAUUAUUACACAGUAAUUACCAUGGUGGUAUUACUCUAUUAUUACACAGUAAUUACCAUGGUGGUAUUACUCUAUUAUUACACAGUAAUUACCAUGGUGGUAUUACUCUAUUAUUACACAGUAAUUACCAUGGUGGUAUUACUCUAUUAUUACACAGUCAUUACCGUGGUGGUAUUACUCUAUUAUUACACAGUAAUUACCGUGGUGGUAUUACUCUAUUAUUACACAGUAAUUACCGUGGUGUUAUUACUCUAUUAUUACACAGUAAUUACCGUGGUGUUAUUACUCUAUUAUUACACAGUAAUUACUGUGGUGUUAUUACUCUAUUAUUACACAGUAAUUACCGUGGUGGUAUUACUCUAUUAUUACACAGUAAUUACCGUGGUGUUAUUACUCUAUUAUUACACAGUAAUUACCGUGGUGCUAUUACUCUAUUAUAACACAGUAAUUACCGUGGUGUUAUUACUCUACUAUUACACAGUAAUUACCAUGGUGGUAUUACUCUAUUAUUACACAGUAAUUACCGUGGUGUUAUUACUCUACUAUUACACAGUAAUUACUGUGGUGUUAUUACUCUAUUAUUACACAAUAAUUACCAUGGUGGUAUUACUCUAUUAUUACACAGUAAUUACCGUGGUGUUAUUACUCUAUUAUUACACAGUAAUUACCGUGGUGCUAUUACUCUAUUAUUACACAGUCAUUACCAUGGUGGUAUUACUCUAUUAUUACACAGUCAUUACCAUGGUGGUAUUACUCUAUUAUUACACAGUCAUUACCAUGGUGGUAUUACUCUAUUAUUACACAGUAAUUACCAUGGUGCUAUUACUCUAUUAUUACACAGUCAUUACCAUGGUGGUAUUACUCUAUUAUUACACAGCAAUUAUUACCAUGGUGCUAUUACUCUAUUAUUACACAGUAAUUACCGUGGUGCUAUUACUCUAUUAUUACACAAUAAUUACCGUGGUGGUAUUACUCUAUUAUUACACAGUAAUUACCAUGGUGGUAUUACUCUAUUAUUACACAGUAAUUACCGUGGUGUUAUUACUCUAUUAUUACACAGUAAUUACCAUGGUGGUAUUACUCUAUUAUUACACAGUAAUUACCGUGGUGUUAUUACUCUAUUAUUACACAGUAAUUACCAUGGUGGUAUUACUCUAUUAUUACACAGUAAUUACCAUGGUGGUAUUACUCUAUUAUUACACAGUCAUUACCAUGGUGGUCUUACUCUAUUAUUACACAGUCAUUACCAUGGUGGUAUUACUCUAUUAUUACACAGUCAUUACCAUGGUGGUAUUACUCUAUUAUUACACAGUCAUUACCAUGGUGGUCUUACUCUAUUAUUACACAGUAAUUACCAUGGUGGUAUUACUCUAUUAUUACACAGUCAUUACCAUGGUGGUAUUACUCUAUUAUUACACAGUCAUUACCAUGGUGGUAUUACUCUAUUAUUACACAGUCAUUACCAUGGUGGUAUUACUCUAUUAUUACACAGUCAUUACCAUGGUGGUAUUACUCUAUUAUUACACAGUCAUCACCAUGGUGGUAUUACUAUAUUAUUGCACUGUGUGACCAGAGGUGACCAGAGGGCCUCUUCCAAAAGGUGGGUGGGACUCACCAGGUGGAAUUUUAACCCUUGAUGGGAUGGAAAAUAACUGAACCUGUGUCAAUUGUUAGGGGAAACCUCUAACUACAGUACUUACAUUUACAUUUCCGUCAUUUAGCAGACGCUCUUAUCCAGAGCGACUUACAAAUUGGUGCAUUCACCUUUCUUUUUUUUUUUUUUGGUGGGGUGGGGUAAGGGGGGGGGUUAGAAGGAUUACUUUAUCCUUCUAACCCCCCCCCCCCCUCCUGAGGGUGCUUCACCACUGUCCUGUAUAGUAUAGGUACAGUAUGCAGACAUAUCCGGGGCUGAAAGCUAGUGAAGGGAUGAUUGAUACCGGAGCGCCAAUGCUCCGAUGCAGUUUUCAAAGCACUACUGAUCCGACACAAUGUACCGAUGCUCGUUUCAAAGUAAUAUUAUCAAAUGACGUCCGAAGCUUAGUUUGAUCACAUGGUUAUUCAAAUUGUGUUGCUAAAUGCGAGAUCCCACUGAUUUCGCCAUGGUUCCGGUGCAUUCUUUGAUUCCAAGCUGCUUUCAAACACCGACCUCUACUUGACACCCUACUUAAAAUGUAGUUAGGAUUUUUUCAUGGAACGUUACCUGAACGGUAAUUCAUCAGGUAGAGUCGGGGUCUCUGGGACCAGAAAACUCAGACGACAGGGAAUGGGAUCGAAUACCGUAGAAGUCAUAUUAUUUAUAAAAUAGUUUUAUGUGAAACCACACUUUCUGCACAUUGUUGUGCAAAAAAAUAGUUUUAUUUAGUAAAGCAUAAGCUUCUGUCUUAAGCAUCUAAAAUUAUGCCAUAGAUUUACAGUUUUUGCCAGCAAAAAAAGGGAUUCACAGCAAAAAAUGGAAGCAUGAUGGAAGGUGCAAACCUGUAUGGUAACUGAUAGUAGGCUACUAAGACCUGAGACUAACCGCCGCGCCACAGAGAUUUGAUGAAUAUUGUGGAAAAAUCGUAUAAAUCGUAUAUGAACAUAAAACACUGUUUUUCAUUGCUGACCAGUAGAUGUCACUAAAAGCGUAAUGAACCGUUUUUUGGCACAAUUUGGUGAAAGCCCCAAAGGCUUCAGAAAUCAGUGAUUAAUGAUUGUUAGAUGAGCAUUUUUUUAUGAUUUGAUAGAAACUGGGGAACGAGGAGGGGGAGGGAGCUUAUGAAAGUGCCUUAUGAAAUACAAUCUAGGCCCCUGCAUUAAAGAGGGGAAAACAGCUCAGCUGGUAGAACACGGCGCUUGUAACGCCAGGGUAGUGGGUUCGAUCCCCGGGACCACCCAUACACAAAAAUGUAUGCACGCAUGACUGUAAGUCGCUUUGGAUAAAAGCAUCUGCUAAAUGGCAUAUUAUUAUUAUUAUUAAAACUGCACUGGUAUGCUUCUUCUUGACUGAUUGUCCUGUUUGUUGUGUCUUUUCAGGACUCUCGCGGGGCACGGGCCAUACCCCUUCCAGGGUUUGAGGUGAGCGUGGCAGCGCCAUCGGCAACAGAGAAAUCAGAGCUCAAGCACACGUUCCAGCUGAGUCACUCCCAGCAGGCUUUGCUGUUCAGCGCCCAGGAUGCAGAAGUACAGGCCAAGUGGGUGGAGCUUCUCUCUAGAGCCGCCCGUGGGGAAACGCCCACAGACACGCCCGUCAGCCUGACGGAGCACAGGGAAAGCCAAUAG